AUGCCUAUUUUCUCUAAAGAAAUAUUGAUACUGGUGGCAAUAUGCGGACUAUCUUUUGUCAAAAUGUGGCAAAUGCUUAACAAAGGUUUAACUUUGACUGAAUUUGUAGAUCAAGGGCUCACCUAUCGAAAUGGAUCUUCUUUUCACUUCAUAAUAGAGUUUUUCACGUUCUUGGCAUGGGAUUACCUUGUGCUUCAUAUGACAAGCCUUGUUACACCGAGACACGAAAGUGAAGGAUGCGUAGUAGAGUGUCAAGUUGUACCAGAUAAUGAAGCAAGGGUUGAUGGUUAUGAUAGGAGAAUCGAUGACAUCAUUCGCUCUGAAGAAGAUUUGUAUUAA